GUGUGUUUGGUUUUGUGUGACUGCUGUGUGUGUGUGUUUGGUUGUUUGACUACUGUGUGUUUGGUUUUGUGUGACUGCUGUGUGUGUGUUUGGUUGUGUGUUACUGCUGUGUGUGUGUUUGGUUUUGUGUGACUGUUUGGUUGUGUGACUGCUAUGUGUGUUUGGUUGUGUGACUGCUGUGUGUGUGUUUGGUUUUCAGGAGAGUUGAGCCUGUGGAUGUCCGGCUGGCUGAGGGCCGCAGCGGCCCCGCUCAGAGGGGGGUCCCGCACUGUCAGCUGCUGCCCCUUCUCCCGUGUCCCCGGUGCUGAUGGGAGACGUCACGGGUCGCCCCGCUCUGAGGACGCCGACCCUCCCAUGGUCCUCAUCACAGGGGGACUAGGUCAACUCGGGGUGGGACUUGCCAAGUUGCUGAGGAGGCGGUUUGGCAAGAACAAUGUGAUUCUCUCAGACAUCAAGAAGCCUCCCGACAAUGUGUAUCACAGUGGUCCGUUCAUCUACUCAGACGUCCUGGACCAUAAGAACCUGCGUGAGAUCGUCGUGAACAACAACGUCAGCUGGCUGGUGCACUACUCCGCUGUCCUGUCGGCUGUGGGGGAGAGCAACGUCACACUGGCCCGGGACGUCAAUAUCACUGGGUUCCACAACGUCCUGGACAUGGCCCUGGAGCACGACCUGCGUGUGUUUGUCCCCAGCACCAUCAGGGCCUUCGGGCCCUCCUCCCCCCGGGACCCCGCUCCUGAACUCGGCGUGCAGAGACCCUGCACCAUUUUUGGUGUGGCCAAGGUGCACGCAGAGCUCAUGGGGGAGUAUUAUCAUCACCAGUACGGACUGGACUUCCGCUGUCUCCGGUACCCGGGUAUCAUCUCUGCUGACUCCCAGCCCGGGGGCGGCACCACUGGGUUGUCCCCCUCCGACAGGCCAUCGGUGAGACCCAAUAGACCCGUAGACCAGGCAUGGCGCCAGGAUUCCAGUAGUGGAUUGGCCAGACCAAUUCCGAGAGCUGGCCAAUGGCGUUGGAGGACAGCACGGAAAGGCGGGACUGGGGCUGGAAGCAUGACUACGGCUUGCCUGAGUUGGUACAGGCCAUGCUGACUCAUAUCACCCCUGGCAACCUGCUGGCACAGGCCAACUGAGCCCCGUGGGAGGGGAAUCUGUAGUCUCAUCACACACACACACACACAACCACACACACACACACACACACACACACACACACACACACACACACACACACACACACACACACACACACACACACACACACACACACACACACACACACACACACACACACACAACAAGCACACAUGCGCUCACACAGAGACACACAAACAUGCUUACACGCACACACAUACACAAACAAGCUCAACCACAAACACGCACACACGCACUUCACACUCUGGAAAUUCCUCUAGAAUAUGUAUAUGUUUGUUUUGCGAUGCCAUCAGGGACUAUUUUCUGUGUUUCUUAUGGUACGAUGAUUUCUUAUUUUCAGACAAUACAACCUAUGUUGCUUUGCAAUAGCUUUUUGGACUAUACUCUUGUUUGUAAUGUCACAACGAGUAUGGUUCCAUUCUCACGCUGCAGAACGGAGAGAACAGAAGAACUGUUAGUGAGCAUCCAACCGUUGCUCAACUUUGCUGUGUAUAUUUAUUUAUUCUAUUUAUUUAUUUGCAAGGCGCCCUCAUGAUAUCCCUCCACUCCUUUGUGCCCUUGGCUAGAUAGGGAUAGUUGGGGUCUACCCUUCCAAGACAAACAAAGCCUCAAGUUAAAACCAAACUUCUCACUGCAUAUGGCACAAAGAAAGUUGCUUAAUACUGCCUUGUUGUUACUAAAGUGAGGUAUGACUCUGGGAAUUCCAGUUCCUUUUGCUUAAGACAAUGUAGGCCGACGCAAAGCGGCUCUGCUUGGGCCGGUGUGAAUGUUAGGCUUUUGAAACAGCUAGCUGCUCAGCCUCUUAAAGAAAACACCUUGCUUAACUCCAGCGUUGAUCAAAUAUAAAUGUACUGUAACGUUCGAUACCUGAGCCUUUACUGAUGUUACUAUUUCCGUAGAGACGUGUAGACUCGUUCUAGUUAGCUUAGCUGUAGAUGUACGGUACAGAUGCUGUAUUUAUUUGAAAAUGCUUGAUUGGUGGGUUAGUGGGUUGGUGAUUUUAAAUUAUUUUUCUUACCGGGGAAAGUCGGUAGGGUGGUUGAUUUUUUAUUUAUUUUUACUUUGCUCUAGUCUUUGAAUUAGUAUGUUUUAUCUUUGGAUAGGAAGUUCUGUUUAGGUUUUUGUUGGUUAUUAUUUAGCAUCCUUUUCUGAUGACGUGAAUGCCAAAGGUAUUACAAUGAGAUGCCCAGCAGGGCUGCGUAGCAUUCGCAUUGGGGCUGGACUAUUUUUACUUUAUUCACUUUAGUCACCACUAAAUAACCAGUAGAAUAACAGACAUCCUGAGGGAAAAACUUGUUCUUGCAGAUUUUGUGUUGCCUUUCCACCAGCAUUUUGAACAACCAAUAAAUACAUUUACUUGAAAAAAAACGAAAA